CUCGGUUCUUGGCCUAGUGUGCUUUCGGACCCGGUCUGCCCUUGCCCGGCCUGGGGUUCGCCUGAAUGAGCACCAGAAACGGGGGGCGGGGAGAUCCAGAAGCUGGGAUGCGUCCACCCGAACCAGCGGACAGUGCUGAGAAAGGGCAACCUGGACGUAGGAUGUGUCUGGGGGUCUAGUGUCAGAAAUUACAUCUCCAGUCUCCACAAUGAUUCCUUUCCACGCCCAGUGGCACCCAGCUGCCUCUAGGUCUCAGACUCCUACUAUGUGGACAAGAAAAGCUUACUGAGGAUAUGGUAAUUCUCCAGUUGCUCCCUGAGGUGUCAAGUGUCCGGUUGCAGUCCAUGGAGGGCCAAUUCAAUGACGAAUCUCAAGAACACCGCCCUCUGUCAGAUGGUGAGACUGAGGCCAAGAUUGGAGAGCUGGCUUCAGAGGAGGAAAUUACAGGAAAAACUGAAUCAUUAACUGAAGAGUCUGGCAACCCCAGAGAUGAUGUUCUCCAAGAUUCUGAAUGCAGAGAAUUCUGUGAAUUUGGGGGUAAAUUAAAUGAAAAUGAUCAGAAUCUCUUCAAAAGAAGACAACAUAACUGUGAUGAAUGUGGGCAAAGCUUUGCUUUGAGUACAGGCCUUAUUAGGCAUCAAAGAACCCACUGGGAGAAACCUUAUGAAUGUGAUAAAUGUGGAAAGACCUUUAGUGUGAGCUCAGCCCUGGUUCUGCAUCAGAGAAUUCAUACUGGGGAGAAACCCUAUCCUUGUAAUUGGUGUAUUAAAAGUUUCAGUCGGAGCUCAGACCUCAUUAAACAUCAAAGAGUCCACACUGGUGAAAAGCCUUACAAAUGUGAUGAAUGUGGGAAAGCCUUCAGUCAGAGCUCUGAUCUUAUUAUACAUCAGAGAAUCCAUACAGGAGAAAAACCUUAUCAGUGCAGUCAUUGUAGUAAAAGUUUUAGCCAGCGCUCAGACCUGGUUAAACAUCAGAGAAUCCACACUGGAGAGAAACCUUAUACAUGUAACCAGUGUAACAAACAUUUUAGUCAGAGUUCUGAUGUUAUAAAACAUCAAAGAAUCCACACCGGUGAGAAACCAUAUAGAUGUGACGUGUGUGGAAAAGCCUUCAGUCAGAGCUCAGAUCUGAUUCUGCAUCAGAGAAUCCACACUGGGGAGAAGCCGUAUCCGUGUAAUCAGUGUAGCAAAAGCUUCAGUCAGAACUCGGACCUGAUUAAACAUCGAAGAAUCCACACUGGAGAGAAGCCAUAUAAGUGUAAUGAGUGUGGGAAAGCUUUUAAUCAGAGCUCAGUCCUUAUUCUGCAUCAGAGAAUUCACACUGGAGAGAAACCCUAUCCGUGUAAUCAGUGUAGCAAAACCUUCAGUAGACUUUCAGAUCUUAUUAAUCACCAACGAAUUCAUACUGGAGAGAAGCCUUACCCGUGCAACCAGUGCAGUAAAAUGUUUAGUCGAAGAUCAGACCUUGUUAAACAUCAUAGAAUCCAUACAGGUGAGAAACCCUAUGAAUGUGAUGCGUGUGGGAAAACCUUUAGUCAGAGCUCGAACCUUAUCCUACAUCAGAGAAUCCACACUGGAGAGAAACCCUAUCCAUGUAGUGAUUGUGCCAAAAGUUUUAGUCGUCGCUCAGACCUUGUUAAACAUCAGAGAAUACACACUGGAGAGAAACCAUAUGCAUGUAAUGAGUGCAGUAAAAGUUUCAGUCAAAGCUCAGACCUCACUAAGCAUCAGAGAGUACACUCUGGGGAGAGGCCCUAUCAUUGCGAUAGUUGUGAGAAAGCCUUCAGUCAGAGUUCUGACCUUAUUCUUCAUCAGAGAAUUCACACUGGAGAAAAACCGUAUCCGUGCACUCAGUGCGGCAGAAGUUUCAGUCAGAACUCAGACCUGAUCAAGCACCAGAGAAUCCACACUGGGGAAAGACCGUAUAAAUGUAACGAGUGUGGGAAGGCUUUCAGUCAGUGCUCAGCUCUUAUCCUGCAUCAGAGGAUCCACACUGGGGAGAAGCCUUACCCAUGCGAUCAGUGCGGCAAAAGCUUUAGCCGGCGCUCUGAUCUUAUCAACCAUCAAAGAAUCCACACUAGUGAAAAGCUGUAUAAGUGUGAUGCUUGUGGGAAAGCCUUCAGCGCGUGCACUGAUCGCGUGGAACGCCAGGGAAUCCACACUGGAGAGAAACCCCACAGGUGUGUUCAGUGCAGCAGAAGUUUUAGCCAACUUUCUGAUCUUAUUAAUCAUGAGAAAGUCCACCCUGGGGAAGACACUCUAAAUGUGAUGAAUGUGGGAACACCGUUAGUGUAUAUACACCAACUUUAUUCAGUACCAGAGACAUUCUGCCAGAAAAAAAUCUUAUGAAUGCUAUUGAUGAUUAUGAAAAAGGUUUAAGUCAGUGCUCAACUCUUAUGCUACAUUAAAAACGGGGAGGGUAGAGCUCAGUGGCAGAGUGUGUGCUUAGCAUGUAGGAGGUCCUGGGUUCAAUCCCCAGCACCUCCACUAAAAAUAAAUAAAUAAACCUAGUUAAACCCCCCCAAUAAAUAAAAAAUAAGGAAAAAAAACACACUGGAGAGAAAACAUACUAAUUCAGAUUUUAUAAUGAAAGUUUAGCUCAAACAUUACUAACUUAAAAAAAUUCUGAGGAGGAAUCCUGUGACUUGUGGGAAAGCCUUCAAUGUGAAUUAAAGUUUUUCUGAAUGUCAGCAACAAUGGAAAGAAAUUUCUAUCUUCUGGAAAGAAAUUUCUGUCUUCUACAUUGUGAGAAAAGCUCUAGUCUUUUAUUCAAACACAGUCCAUAAGAGGAAAGCUUUAUAAGAAAUGUAUAACAGUAUUAACGCAGAGCCUUAUCAGGCAUCGUAGAAAUCACCGUGGUGGUGUGUGCAGUCAGAACUCGGAGGUAUAUUAAUAUUCUAAUCUCCAACCUACAGUGAACCCAAAUCACCUACUGCAUAUCAGAGAAAUUACUUUAGAGAAUAAACUAAAUUUAUUAGAGUUAGUUUACAGAAAAACUUAACCCUUUCCAUAUCUUAAUUGGCAUUCAUUCUGGUAAUGGGUGUGCCACUUACCUCUUUGCAGCUUGAGAGCCCUACCUUAUGCUAACACUGCUGGUUAUCAUUCCUGUGUGUGUGAACAUGCUUUGCUUUCCUGGCAUUAAACUUAUUAACUACAUAACUCCAGUGCCCCAUUUUCUCAAAGAUCCUCUUUUUUCGCCUAGUUUUGGUUUUCCUAGUGAGUAUGAGUUUUCAGGUUCCUGUGAUGUUCACAGAAAAUGCGAACUUAUUUUGCUGUUAAUCAUGCAGCCCAUCUGUAAACUUAAGUGGUUUGAAAUUACUCCUUUAACACUACCAUUUAAUCACAGCUUCUAAAUAUGUGAAAAAAAUUUUUUAAGAAUUCCAUAUGUUAAAGUGUGAAGAUUACUAUUAUGUUUAUCUUGUCAUCUAUAGAUGGAACAAAAACGUUAGCUAAACUAAUACCUGUAUGACUAAUUUAUAUAGCAUAUUCUAUCUAAAAAUAAAAAGACCUAUUGAUUUUUUUAAUAGUAACAUUCAUUGGGCUUUGUUUUGUCUGUUGAUUUCUGACAUACAUAUUGAUAAUAGGCUACAUAGAUACAAAGUUCUCAACUGAAAAUAGAAAAAAAACUUUUAAAGAAAAAAUUGCCUUUCUGGCAUUAAUCAUUUGUUAAAACCCUGCUACUUUCAUUUACUUUGAAAAAAUCCCCCAUAGUUAUCCAGUCAAUAUUUUACUUAAUACACAUUAAAUUAUGUGCAAGGCAUGUUUUUAAGGUUUUGUAGUAUACACAAAGAAUAUACUGUCUCCAAAAAGCAUGUAUUGUAUAGUGAUAAAGAGUGAUGUAUACAGAAACACAUGGCUCGAUACAAUCAUAAAGGUAGAUAAGAUGCUUAUAAGAGCUCACAGGAGGUAGGGUUCAAAUCGGAUUGGAAAGAAAAGAAAAGCUUUGUGGAACUCCUGAGAUUUGAGUUUUAAAGGAUAGGAGUGGAGGCAUAAAGACAGGGAGGAAAUAGUCAACAAAGGCCCAGACGCAAGAAAAUAGAAGAGAUGAUGUAGAUUAUGGACCUUAGUCAUUAAUUCAUUCAAUAAAUAUUCAUUGUACUGAGUGCUGCUGAGGGGAAAAUGGUUCCUGCCCUCAUGCUCAAGUGUUUAUGAAAAAAUUGUAGAGAUGGUGUUGAUCGUUGCACAACAGUGUGAAUGUACUUAAUGUCACUGAACUGUACAUUUAAAUGGAUGAAAUGGUAUAUUUUGUUAUGUAUAUUUUAGCUCAAUAAAAAA